GGACAGGCAGCAGGCGUGACUCAGUACUGCACUAUGAUUGGGCUGUUUGACAGGACGGUGAACAUCUGAUAUCAACAAAGCGAAACAGAGGAUUUCUAACAACUAGAGGAGAGAUUACUGCAGUAACUGACUUCCUUAAUUAUUCUGGGAAGACUAAACUAUCCGAGCUGACUGCUGGCUUUGACACUCCCUCCGCCUGCUCUCCUGAAUUUUCCAGCCCGAACCAAAAAAAAAACAAAAAACAGCGUGUUUUCUCAACAUGGCGAGUAACCUCGUCUCCAAGUUGUUUCGACCUCCUGUGUUCACGCAGUUUGCGUCCCUCCGGUUCGGCUGCGUGUCGCGGGGGAAGGCGGCGGCGGCAGCGGUGGUGGUGGCUGGGACCAGACAUUUCUCCAGCGAUCCUCCUCCAGGGAAAAUCAGUCGUUAUCCAGUUCCUUAUAGGAAAGACUUACCCUAUGAUAUAGUGGAGCUCAUGGAGGAAGUGGAGUCAAAGGGAGGCUUUUUGCCAAAUGUCUUCAAAGUCCUCUCUCACAGGCCUGCAGAGUUCAGAACUUUUUUUGCAUACUACAAUGAACUAAUGAACAAGGAGACAGGCAGAUUAACCAAGGCGGACCGUGAGCUGAUUGUAGUGGCAACCAGCAUCCACAACAAGUGUCUUUACUGUGUGGUAUCCCACAGUGCACUGCACCGCAUCUACUCUAAGAAACCCACUCUCUCUGAUCAGGUCAUCGUUAACUACGAGAGUGCAGAGCUGGAGCCUCGAGAGCGCGCCAUGUUGGACUUUGCGAUGGCCGUGUGUCGCUGUGACACCAUCACAGAGCAGCACUUCCAGUCUUUGGAGGAGGUGGGCUUCGACCGCGAGGAUGCCUGGGACAUCGCCGCCAUUGCUGCCUUCUUCGCCAUGUCCAACCGGCUCGCCCACCUGACCGACAUGAGGCCAAACCUAGAAUUUUACAACAUGGGCCGUGUACCGCGGGACAAGAGCAAGGACAAGGCAGAGGGAGAGGACAAGUGAAAAGGUUACAGCCAAGAUUAUCACAGGUCAAAGGUCAUAUGUGACUCCAGCAGUAUGUUCACACUGUAGCUAGGAGUCUUAUUUCUGAUUUAUAUUUUUUUCUUCCCUCUUACAUGUGAAAUAUCAGAUGUGUCUAAAUUUAGUCAGUCAGUUUAAUUACCCUGAUAUUUUGAAUUUGUGGUGGAGACAAGUUAAUUUUGUACAUUAAACUGAAUGAUUGUAUUUCCUGAGAGAAUUCACAACACACGCAGUUGUCUUUUAACUACCAUAAACAGGGUUUGUUUGUGUAUUAAAAUUAUGAAAAACAAUCAUCUGAAAUUCAGAAUCUCAAAUCAGCUCAUUGUUUCCUUCUUUGGGGAAAUCAAUUGAAAGAACUCUUUGUCAUGAUGUGUUACUCACAUUAUUCACAAGCUUUAAAACAAGAACUGUCUCCCUAAGCUUCUUGUUUGUGUUCUAAAUAAACUAUAUUUUUCUUGAUACUAA